AUGUUUUCCCGUUGGAUUUCCAAAGUCAAGACAUCGUUGUCUCCGAAAGCAUGGCUUGCCAAGCAUGUGGCGGCAACGCUCAACGAUGUGUUUAUUCUGGAUGCGCAAGAGGACAUUGAGUCCAAUUUGUUGACGGACACCAAGAUCGUCUUGAAGCAUGCUCGACAGCAAAAGAGCAGCUACAUUCAACGACAAAUACAGCAAAUCGUGGACCAUUUGACCUUGGAUAUCGCUGACUUUACCUUACUCAUUCAAGAUCAUGGCUGUCACUCCGACAAUUCACUUAUUGGAGACAUUCGAGUGCAAGCCAAAUCUCUUCAGUUGUUGUCCUUUGGGAGACAACAGCAGCAACAGCAUCAAGAACACGACACGUCUGAUACUACAGAUACAGAUACAGAUGCAGACACACCCACGCCACCCUUGUCCCAACGGAUAUCUCUAGAGGCCAUCAAAAUUGACGUCCUGCUACAGGAGCAAGAGCUGCCACUAUUGAAACCCAUUGGAUAUGCUGCCUCUGUCAAGAGAAUUACCGGAAGAAGGUUCUUGGAUGGUUGGAGGAAUGGAUUGCAAGUUGUCGGAGAGUCGCCGGAUGCAUUGGUACUACAUGCCGGUGGCGUGCAAUUGAAAACACUCUGUCGUUUACUCAAGCCCCUGGCCGCCUAUGAUACCGCAGCGACGGUAACACCCACAAACCAAGAAGAAGAAGAAGACGAAGGAGCAUCGACCACCAUUACGCCAACCACCAUUACCCUGCCGUUGCCCUCUGUUGCACUUAUCUUGCCGGAGGGUACGGCGGUUCGUAUACCGCAAUGCACAUUGCUCUAUCACAUGGAUGGAUCAACGUCGCAACUAGUAGGAAGCGAAGGUGUAUGGAUUGGUGAUCAGCCCUUUCUCAACUUUGCCGAUACAAAAACAAAAGACGACAGCAAUGGAGCCCACCAGGAAAACACCAAAUGGAAAUUAGAUUUUGUACAACGUGUCGUCUCUCUACAUCAGUCAUCGGCUUUUGUGGAAUGGAAUGAUACGGUCGUGAAACAGCUUGUCCGAGAAUGUCAACAACUCAAGGCAUCUGUGCCACAGGAUAUCAUGGAACAAGUCGAAUCGACAAUAUACGAAUAUGAGGAGACGGCAGUCAAGACCGUCCUGGCCACCACAGGAGACGAGACAAACACGACAUGGCGAUUUGAAUCGGGGACACGAGCAUCGCUUGGUGUCCGCAUCAGAAGCGACCGCGGGUGGGCUCAGGCAUCUCUGGAGUCGCCUGCCUUGACAAUUACCAUGAACCAAAAAGGAGCAUUGGAGAAGGUUCAAUUUGAAAUGGGAGGAGCACAAUUUGGUCCGACUUCGUUCGGAACGAAAAAGUCUUCCAUUAUCCGACUUCCUCGGCUUGCAUUUGCGCAUUCUCUUACUCCUACUUCUGAUCUAGAGACCAUAAGAAUACAAGAAUGCAUCGAUGCAACGAUAGAAUCCCAAACUGUCUUGUCAGAAUUGCAAGCUUUGGGAUCAGAUCUGCUAAAGUUUCCCGGUCUCCAACCGGAGGACGGAGCCAAAUCCUCAACCGCUAGCAAAGCCAGCAUUGGAGAGGCAACCGUCGCGGACAGCCUACCACCAAUCGCUAUUGCAAAAGUGAAACUGACACUGGAAGCAGAGGGCGCAAAAGCACAGUUUGGUGGUGUUUCUGUCCGGUUCCUAUCCAAUGGAACGACAAUCAGCAGUGAAUCUCUUGUAUGUCACAUCCUUGAUCGAACUGCUGGAGAAUGUCCUGAGGUGGAGGUUUUGUCUGUGCAAAAUGUGGCUGUCCAAUUAGGGCUCAGCCCUAGCCAGGCUCAUCUCGUGACAAUGCAGCGGUUGAACAGGGUGCAUGUGCCUGGGCUGGUGGAUCGCAUGGUUGUGCCACUCGAAAAGGUUCGUCUGAAAUAUAACUCGGCACAGUCCAUGGUCCAACUAGAUGUUCCAUCGCUCCUACAUCUGGCUUUGUCCCCUACUGUACUAAGCAAGGGAGACACUGAGGCUCCGGCACCACCCUCUUCAAUGCAGCUCCCUGUCUCGGUGCAGGCACGAUUCGCCAAGGUUCAGCUAUCCAGGGGUCGAGUGUCUAUGUGUAUCCAACCACUCCAACUAUCCAUUACUUCACAUGGCAACGGAAAUGCAAUGACUGCAAGCUUGUGGGGCAAUGGUUGCACCGUUCGCGUCCAGGUGGACGACCAAAAUAGCGCGGAGAAUCGUUGGUUGGAGGCAUCUGUUGCAUCCAAUUCGAAGGUUGCAUUGUCGAGUAUGUGUGAAGUGGAAGCACUUGAAUGCACUGGCGCCCACAUUCUUGGUACAUCAUGUGGGCAAUUGGAUGUUUCCAUUCCUCCCUUGUCAUAUUCUAUAGUAGAGGGACAGCCACGGGUGCAGGCCAACGGUGAGUUGACUGUCUUGCUUCAGUCAGGUUCGGUGGCCAAAAAAGUGCAAUCUCUUUUGGAAGAAGCUGUAUGCCUUGGUACUGAAAAGGAAUGUGUCGUUGCCAGCGAUGAUACUGGGCUAUCCUCCAUUCCGCCACUACCACCAGUCACUAUUGCAAAAGUGAAAUUGACACUGCAAGAAGAGUGUGCGAAAGUGCAGUUUGUAGGCGUUUCUGUUCGGUUCCCGCCCCAUGGCACGACAAUCAGCAGUGAAGCUCUUGUAUGUCACGUCCUUGAGGUGGAAGGUCCUGAGGUGGAGGUUUUGUCUGCGCAACAUGUGGCUGUCCAAUUAGGGCUCAGCCCUGGCCACGCUCAUCUCGUGACAAUGCAGUGGUUGAACAGGGUGCAUGUGCCUGGGCUGGUGGAUCGCAUGGUUGUGCCACUCGAAAAUGUUCGUCUGAAAUAUAACUCGGCACAGUCCAAGGUCCAACUAGAUGUUCCAUCGCUCCUACAUCUGGCUUUGUCCCCUACUGUACCAAGCAAGGGAGACACUUGGGCUCCAGCACCACCCUCUUCAAUGCAGCUCCCUGUCUCGGUGCAGGCACGAUUCGCCAAGGUUCAGCUAUCCAGGGGUCGAGCCUCUUUGUGUAUCCAACCACUCCAACUAUCCAUUACUUCACAUGGCAACGGAAAUGCAAUGACUGCAAGCUUGUGGGGCAAUGGUUGCACCGUUCGCGUCCAGGUCGACGAUCAAAAUAGCGUAGAGAGUCGUUGGUUGGAGGCAUCUGUUGCAUCCAAUUCGAAGGUUACAUUGUCGAGUAUGUGUGAAGUGGAAGCGCUUGAAUGCACUGGCGCCCGCAUUCUUGGUACAUCAUGUGGGCAAUUGGAUGUUUCCAUUCCUCCCUUGUCAUAUUCUAUAGUAGACGGACAGCCACGGGUGCAGGCCAACGGUGAGCUGACCAUCUUGCUGCAGUCAGAUUCAGUGGCCAAAGAAGUACAAUCUCUGUUGGAAGAAGCAAUAGGCCUUGAUAGUGAAAAGGAAUGUGCUGCUCCCAGCGAUGAGGCCGGGCUAUCCUCCAUUCCGCCGCUCUGGAAACAAAUAGAGAUGGUCUUGCCACAGGCAAAGGCUGUUGUCAAGGAACCAAUGCAUUUGGAAGGCCACGCCCAGAAUGUUUGCCUGCGUUUCAAUGACGCCCGCGCUUCGACUAUCACAGUUUCUAUUGAUGGACACGCUGCUUCGUACGGCCCGUUUUCCCUCCGUUCCACCGAUGCAAGCGUCACAGUUGCACCGGGCUUUCAUAAGGCAACAGUAUUCUUUGGCGGGGCCUCACUGAGCGGUCCUUCGGGUAUCGCACUCAUUAUGUCUGACAUGAGAGCAGAGUUGGAGAGUCCCGCGACGGCGAUUGUCACAGGGUUGGUCGAUUCUUUUGUCGUUCCAAGCAUGUUCGAGCUGGAGGAACCAACUGCUGGAGGAACAUUCAGUUUUACGGAUGGGCUGAUCGACAUAACUUUGGCUAAACUGUGUGGAAUCUGCCCCAAGCUACUGGGUGCAAACACAGCGACGAGCAAAGCAGACGAUGAUACGACGGGCGCGUUGUUGGCCUGCCCCAUUCACGUCAGAGUACAAGAGUUGUCACUAAAGGCGACAAAGGAGAGCACUGCGUCUAUUGUCGGUGCGUCCCCAGUCGACAUCUUGGUUGUUCCCGCAGAGGGCUUGAUGUCCGUGGAUGCGGACUUGGGAACAAACCUUCGCAUUGUGGACUCGGCAAAUGGUCGGUGGCUGCAAGCCUCAAUCUCCCCCAUCUCCGCGGUUCUGGAGCCAUCUGGAAUGCCCAGCAAUGCUUCCUGUUCUCUGAUAAGAAUCGGGCCUUGCUCUCCGGGGCAGCUUGGCAUUUCAAUUCCGAAGUUUGAAAUGGUUUCAACCGCAAUCAAAACGGAUGAAGUUACGGGGUCCUUCGAGUCUUUCGAUGUGUUACAGGAGGUUCAGGCUCUGUGGCACGACUGUUUCCCAUCGGAAAGUACAAGCAGUCCUCCCUUCAUAUGGAGCAUCCCGAAAGCCAUCGUUUCUGUUGAAUCAAUGAAGACCAGAGUUGUUGCUGAACAUGUUACUUUCGACAGCGCGAUGACAGGUCUUUCCUGCUCCCGGUUAGGAUGGCAGGACGACGGCGGUGUCGCAGCAGCUUUUUCCGGCCUUCACGUUGAGAAGAAGACAGUCACUGGGUAUCAUGGUGUGAUUGCAACGAUUGAUGCUUUGUACUUCCCCGCCUUCGGUACAAUCGGAAGACCAGUCCAACAGAAGACAAUGGUUUCAUUCGACGACGAUGGCUUGAGUAUUGAAACACCACCUGUUGAUGUGGUCAUCUUCGAGGGUGAACAGCAGAAGGUGGGACAAGACUUGGCACCUAAAUCGUCUGCUGCGGGCACUAUUCCCUUUCCAGUGCGCCUCAAUCUGCAGCGGGUCAACAUCAGGUCUUUCUCGGAAAACGGUGAGGUCACAGUCCUUUCUCAACUUGCGGUCCAUUUGAGACCACAAGAGCAAGACCCAUUUGCCCAGAACGCGACGCAAGGUGCAUUCUUUCAUCUUGCUUUGACAUCAGCCGAGAACAAGCUUUUGAAAUUGGCAAAAACAACUGCAUCGGGCGUAGUAUUCCCAAGCGACCUUGCAACAAUCCAUCAGUUCCGACUGGCGACGGGCGCUGCAGAGGUCUCCGUUGGUUUGUCAUCAGUUGACUGGGCCAGUGUGUUUGGAAACCAGAAGAGUCAAGACGCGAAGAAACCCAUUGCCUUGCCCCUUUGCCUCGUUGAGAAUUUUGUCGCACAUUUGAAGUACCAAGGAACGAUUGUCGGUAUGCAGCAGACCUCAGUGAACGUACCGGCGCUUCAAGGUGGUCCGAAUACCUCGUCGUCUGACCUGGUGCAACACCUCAAGAAGGCGAUGCUUGACCGAGUUCCCGCAAUGAUAACCAAUGCCGCUUUUUUGGGAGAGAAUGUUUCGGAAAUGACAGCCAAAACAGCUGGCCGAGUGUUGUUGGCGGCAUCUACAGCAACCGGCUCUGCUGCAGGCUCUGUUGUUGGUUUGGCCGCCAUCGACGGUAUCAGGGGGAGCGUGACGGCGGGCAAGGAGUCUCGAGGCGCCCAGACUGGUGAAGGAUACAAAUUCGGCGACUUUUCUCGUGGAGCUAUCCAUUCGAUAAGGCAGGCGGCAACGUCAGGCGCACAAACGAGGAGAGGCGAAAGCGAAUCAUACUCAGUUGGCGACUUCACAGUUGGCGCCUCCAAGGGUGCGGUGAAGUAUGCCAGCCAGAACAAAUCUCGCCUUGGCGCCGCAGGGGGGUCUGGAGCUGGAAUGAUCAUUGGGGCCGCUGUCGCUGGUCCAUUAGGCUUAGUUGCUGGAAGCAUAAUUGGAAGCAAGUUCGGCGGUGCAGCCCUUGGCGACUCCCAAACCACCGAACAAUCAUCUCCGGCCGAGUCGUCGGCAUCUUUAGGGCAACCAACGGCCACGAGCAAUGAAGUAGACCUGCUUGGCCUACCGGUAUCACAUCAGUCUCAAACCACACGAACCGUUGUCAGCCCCUCAAUGCCGAUGCCUCACCGACCUGGCGUCAACCCAAACUUUGGCUCUGCGGGAAUGGCCAAUGCUCCCCCAUCGACAACCUAUCAACAGGCGCCUGUUCAGCACCAACCACAGCAACGGCAAGAACAGCAAAAGAAAGGCUACCGCUUUGGUGAUUUUGCGAAGGGAGUGGUCGCCAAAGGGAAAGAAAAGAGCGGGAGAUCUGGUGGUGAUGCGUACAAAUUUGGAGACUUCUCACGGGGUCUUUUCAAGUGA